AGAAGAUUGUUUAAUUUCUCUUUGGCGAUGGCGAGUUUGGAUGAAAAGUGGAAAGCUGUGGACAAGUUUAAGUCUGUUGUGGUAGAUCGUGAAAGGGACGUUUUUUUUGUGACAGAAGAACUGUAUUAUCUUCAUAGCGGCCGAGAGCAACUCAGGGGUGUAACGAGUAGUUGCGACUAUCGCUUGACGAUACCAUUUGCCCCCCAUCUCUUUGGCUCGGGCAAAACGACUUUGCCCGAACCUAUUUGGAACCCUUCGAGGAGAACCUUUUUGGAGAAGCUGAAAAGGGCUUCAUUGCUUUCUGCGGAUUUAAAGGAGUUGGAGCCCACAGACCCGAAAGAACGCAACCUUGAGUGGGCAGUCUACUAUUUGUUAAUAAAGGCUGCCUGCUCUCAAGUUGGCGCGGAAAUUUUUCGAAAGAAAGAAGCCUUCGAAAUGGUGGAUAUGGAACCCUCCAACCUAGUUCCACUCUUACGAGAUAUACUAAGGAUUCCUUCCGAUCAAUAUCUUUUGUUGGCAUUUGAUGAAGUUGGUGUUUUGGAUACGAAUGGAAUUCUUUUUGAACUGGAGAAGAAUGACAAAGGUGUGAUUCGACCUUACAAUGACUUUUUCGGUAUCAUUAGUCAAUUGUGCAAAGAACCCGACUUGUUUUUUAUAGUUGUUGGGAAAAGCAAGGGUUUAAGUAUUAAGAAUGAUGUCUCUUCUGUAUCAAAAGUCAUACUACAUUUUAUUUUUUUAUCACCUUUGGACGCUUCCAGUAUUGUUGAAUUCCUUGAAAAGAGUCUUCUUGAGACACCUACUCAAGUUCCGGUUUGUGAUGUCUUAUGUAGUUCUUCAUUUUCAGUAAAUGAAUUGGCAGACUCAUUAUUGGAAUGUACAGGUGGAGUUCCUGGUUUGUUGACUCGUGCAGUAAAUAUGCUUUUGAAUUAUAUAAUAGCAAGAAAUCAGCCUUUCAUAUCGAAAGAAGAAUGUUUGACUUGUAUGAAUGACUACGAUUUCCGAAGAAUUUGUGCUGAACCAUUUGUGGAACGAAUAUUGAAUUUGGACGAAGAUAGAAGAAGUGUUUUUGAUUUACUUUUGAUGAUGGCUCUUUAUCGUAUACCGUCUAAAGUAGAUGAUAGAUUGACCUCGGAGUCCUUUUUAUAUGAUGCCGUAACAGAAAUGGGACUAUAUCGAUAUCCUAUUGACGAGAAUACUUUUCAAGUCCUAAUUCCAAAAGUAUUUGUUGGAAUCUUCAAGAAGGACCCUUCCGUAUCUUCUUUGGAAAAGAUACUUCUUGGAUCACUUGAUGUAGAACCAGUAGAUUGUUUCUUCUAUUCAAAGUGUCGUGUAUUUGAAGGAAUUGUUGCUUUACGACUAGUUUUGAUGUUGUCUUCAAAGAAUCGAAAUGAGUUGAGGGAAUU